AUGACCAUAAUCGAGUAUGAUAGAGAGUUUGUUAGAUUAAGCAGGUAUGACAGAGAGUGCAUUCCAACCGAAGUGGUUAUGUGUAAACGGUUUGAAGAUGGGUUGGAUGAAGAUAUUAAGCUUUUAGUUGGAAUUCUUGAACUGAAAGAAUUUGUUGUGUUAGUUGAUAGAGCACACAAAGCACAGGAGCUUAAUAAGGAAAAGAGAAAAGUUGAAUUUGAAGCUAGAGAUUUGAGAAAGAGAUUUAAGGGAAAUUCAUAUCAGUCAGCAACGAAGAAAUCUAAAGAACAUUACUACCGUUCUACUGUUUCUGUGGGGCAUUCUAAUAAAGAUAGGGAUACGAGACACUACAGUCCUAAACCCCAGGCUACAUCUGUAGCGAGUGUGGGUAGUGUUGGAAAUGCUAGACUCGAGUGCAAACACUGUAACAGACCACAUUAUGGCAAGUUUCGAGUGAAAAGUAGAGCAUGUUUUAGAUGCGGUUCCUUCAACCACUACCUUAGAGAUUGCCUUGAGAACUCUGAAAAAGAAAAAGGUCAAACCGUGAGGCCGAGCAAGACAGUUGUUAGAAGGAGACCACCCCGAAAUACUGGAAAUAUGAGUUGUAGUCGACGUGUAAUGAGAGAUUCUGCAGUGAGAUCUGAGGCAUGGGCGCCAGCCAGAGCUUACGCUAUUCGCGCUCGCGAAGAUGCAUCAGCGCCAUAUAUUAUCACCGGUACUUUUUCUCUGUAUAACACUUAUGCAACUGCUUUGAUUGAUCUCGGAUCAACCCAUUCUUAUGUAUGUACAAAUUUAGUGUCUAGUAAGAAUUUAUCUAUUGAGUCCACUGAAUUCAUGGUUAAGGUAUCAAACCUCUUAGGUCAGUAUGUCCUAAUUGAUAAAGUUUGCAAGAAUUUUCCUUUGAUGACUUGGGGUUAUAGUUUUCUGGCCGAUUUGAUACUUUUACCGUUUGAUGAAUUCGAUGUGAUUUGGGGUAUGGAUUGGCUGACUCAGCAUGAUGUGGUUGUAAAUAGUAGACGAAAGCUUAUAUAA